AUGAUCCAUGCCGGUGUGCUGUUCUCAGCGUCGACGGUUCACUUAGAACACAUUACAAUGGCUUUAAACUGUUUGACACCGUUUGGUAUUAAAGACGAUGUGAUGAUCUAUAUCGAUAAGGACGGACUUUCGUUUUCCAGACAAAACAACCACGUUAUAACGAUCAGUUUGUUCCUGUCGAAGGAACUGUUUAUAUCGUAUGACUACCACAGUGGAGAGGAUCUUAAUGGGUACACUCAAUUGUGUUUGAAGAUAAAUCAUUUGUUAGACAGUAUCAAUGUGGUUAACAGGAACAAAGAUGAUGUUGUCGAAUGUACACUUUCGUAUAAUGGUGAAGGAUCUCCGUUUACGCUGAUCUUUGAGGAUUCGUUAAUCACGGAGAAAGUUGAGUAUUCCACGUAUUUGACGAAAGAGCCCGACGCGACAGGACUUGAACUUAGUAACGACGAAGUCGUUUUCAAUUGCAUUAUCAAAGGUGACGUGUUGUACAGUGCCAUGCAAGAUUUGAAAGAAAUAGGGUGUAGAGAAUGCUACUUGUACGCGAUGACAAAGUCCGACGAUAAAAACGUUUUGGCGUUGGUUUCCAGAGGGCAACUCGGACUUUCUAAAAUUUUAUUGCCUUCAGAACGAUCGACUCUAGAGAAAUUAGAAGUGAUAGAUCCUGAUACUGGUUCUCGCGUGUUUGACGUACCCGUGAUCGGAUUUUUUGAUUUUUCUGCUUUCGAUAAAGUGCGAAUGAGCGCUAAGAUCGCCAGUAAAGCGAUGUUGAAAAAAGAUGUACAUGGACUCCUUAGCGUAAACAUAUUGAGCGACACGAACGAUGUUGUCGUCAACAAUCCGAAGGGACCCACACCGGCAACAAAUCGGAAUACCAGUUUACCCAGAGAUUAUCCAGGAAUUGUGACCGAAAUUGCUCUACUAGAGAGAGCAGAUUUCGAGCCCACGGACAGGAAAGAAAUUGAACUGUUUAUGAGUUUCAACGAAGAAGAUCGGGCCGGCACCGACGUCUACAAACCGCGAUGCGAACAAGCCGCAUCAAAACCUGUCCCCACGUCGGAAAUCAACGACACCAACUUGCUACACAUUGGCCAGGCGCCUUCACGAGACGACAACGACAACGCGGCUGACGAUAGUUUCCGUCCAGCCGCAAACGACAUCCCACUCUUUUUCUAG